AUGUCCACCAUCCACGCGGACCCACUGCGGAUUGGAAGACUUCACAUAUGUAACAAAGUUUGCGUCUCCAAUUCAAAUCCGGUACUCUGUCAGAACCUUGACAAAGAUGGGAGCCAAGCAGUUUGUGAGCCUGUCGAGUCGAGGGUCGAUUGCGCGCUGAAACUCUCCCGCAACGCGGCGGACUUCGGCGUCUUCUCCGAGGAGGAGAUGAUGCUGUUAUCGCAGCAGCAGCCGAACGAUAACCGGAUCGUCGCUACGAUCAGGGACGUCAACAGGCAAGAGCCCUACGCCUUCGAAGCGGUUGCGAUAGUGCCCAACUCCCACACUGGCGGUCUGGAGGGUUUGAUCGGUGGCAAAUACUGCCAUCCAGGCUUCGAUGAAUCCGAGAUACGCUGGUCUCCGAGAGUGUUGAAGGCUUUCGAACGAGUGGUGGCGCGCACGGACCGCUGCCCGGACGCCAACGUGGCGCAGAAAACCGCCGAGGAGAUGGAGAUAGAGACGCUGAGCAGAGCCUUCUCCAGCGGCUGCAGGCCUGGACCCUGGAGCUCGAAUGCAACCAUCGACGAACGCCUUAGUGAGGGCCCA